AUGAAGUCACGAGUAGCACCACUAGAGGACCUGAAAAAGAAGAAACGUAGGCGGACUACGCCCCGUCUUGAACUGUCAUCCGCCCUGCUUCUCAUUCAUUUGUACGAGAAAGUCAGUCAAGCCACCUCACUGGUAAUUCCGUCGUACUUCUGGACCGAUUCCAACAUCGUCAAAUUCUGGAAUGCGUCGGCACCAUCGCGAUGGCAAACCUUUCUGGCCAAUAGGGUGUCUGAGAUCCAGCACCUGGCGAAAGGCGGCGUGUGGAAUCAUGUUGCAGACAUUGAGAAUCCAGCAGACGUUCUUUCGCGAGGAAUAUCAGCCACACAACUGGAGUACCAACCACUCUGGUUCAACGAACCUGUUUGGUUGCACAAAGGUCAAAGCUUCUGGCCUGCAACUCCAAAUGUCAGCGUUGAACAGUUUGAUCCAGCCUCUCUUGAAGAACUGCAAGUCACUACACCAAACGAAAUAUUCUCGCUACGGUCGACACUAUUUUCUCUCGUACUGGUGGCUUUAUUACGUCGUUUCCGUCACAACUCGCAAAGAACGCACCGAACUUCCAGGAAACUCGGCCACAUUAGCACACAAGAAUACGAGGAUGCUCUACUGCAACUGGUUCACCUCUCCCAAGAAGAAUGCUUUCCCCAGGAGAUUGCAAGUCUGUCCCGGGAGGAUCAGGUGAAAGACUCCUCUAGAAUAGCAUCACUCCACCCCAUACUACGAGAUGGUAUACUUCGCGUUGGCGGCCGGCUCCGGAAUGCAACUGUUUCGCAAAACCGGAAGCAUCCAAUGAUUAUUGAUCCACGUCAUCCUCUCGCCACGUUGGUAAUCCACCAUUACCACGUGAAAUUGCUUCACUCCGGACAACAAGUCGUCAUCGCAAGCGCCAGAGAAAGAUUCUGGAUCCCCAACAUCCGAAACCUGGUGCGUAAAGUUCUCCACGAAUGUGUCACCUGCUUCCGCGUCAGACCAAGAUGUUUGGAACAACUGAUGGCCGAACUGCCACCAGAAAGGGUUACACCGGCACCGCCAUUCCUGAAGGUCGGUGUGGAUUACUGCGGUCCGUUUCUAGUUUCCUACCCUCCAACCCCAUCAGUCCAAGACUCUUUCCAUGAACCCCCAGUCUGA